CACGGCGGGAAUUUGCGCUGUCCUGGGUCGAUCCGUAAUCGAUUUCAGUUUCCAUGGAAGUUGAAUUGAGUCUAUUGCGCCCACCUCGCGAGCUGAGGGAUCCCUAGGGCGACGGCUGGUCAUCUCCCUCCCCCCAAUCCAGCGAGCACGUCCCUCGACCAAAUCGCCAAAUCGUGCAGGCUUCUGGUCGCCGUGCGCCCUCUUUUUCCUUGUGUUUCGUUAGUUGCUGCACCUUCUGCAACCUUCCGAGACAUGUCCUGUCGCUUUUACACUUCAUAUAAUAUCCUCUUCUCGUGUCUGAAGCAUUCUAGCUGGCCUUGAAUCCGGGCGCAUACUUCCUCCCUAGUCUUGGGACGUGGCAAGAAGAAUCGAGAAGAACAAAGCAACCGUCCUUUCGACCAUCGCUGAACCCGAGAGGGCUUGGGCCAGACUCGUGGGCUUUUUCCGCCACAGGGCAAACACUCUUUGUGGCCACGCAAAAAGUCAGACUCGCCUGGCUGUAGCGUCGGAGACGUGGCAAAAGCCCCAACUCCCUACCUAGCGCGAAGGACACCGACAGCUCACCUCUCGCCAAGCUAUCCUGAUCUCUCGAGUUCGUGGUGCGUUGAGAAAUCGCAUGAUUGAAAGGCGCAAUCACUCGAGUCUAUCCUGUAGGUCCCUUCCCAUUUCUAUUCCCUGUACCCUAAUCUGGGUUGGUGGAUUCAUGUCUGCUUUUUGGGCUCAUUUAAUUUCACCUUGCUGUUUCCAACCAACCCACCCAAUAUUUCUCUCCUUGCCCCCUGUGUCCUUCCAUUCCUCAUUCCUGCUUCCGACCUUUCCUCUUCUCCUUUUCCUUCCUGCUUGCGGGGCAACCGUCUUCUUCCCGUCGCCCUGGGGAAGCCGCGGCCUGACAGAUUUAGCCUGCUAGCUUGUCCUGGUCAGUCAACCGGGCCAGCAUUCCAAUCUGCGCGCGGCGUGUCUCACACAACACCAAAGACUGGCUGGUCCCACCAGCCACAAGGGACAAGCGACUCUAGCCGAUACCUAGUCUACACGUUUGCGACCUCAUUUCGCAAUCUAGAUUCCAUCGUGUGGAGAGUCCCGUCGCCCUUGCCCCAGCCUCCGUCGGCCGCGGUCCAGACCUACCACGGCGUCGUGCUCUUCGUCCUUAUCUUUAGCAUCCCCUGCUCCUCGUUUUCGUUCCAAAUCUGGAGGCACGCCGAACCAUCUACUUGAGUACAAAAUAAUCCGCAUCCACGACGCCCAAGCGAAAGUCUGCCGUCCAGCCUGCGCAGAUUGGAACCACUAUCCAAACCUCCCCUGCCUGCAUUCGUUUCCGGAGCGUGACACCCUACCGCUUUGAUCCGCACUUUCGUCUCCCUAGACUGUCAAGGCGUGGAUUCCUUCGUACCACCAACCAUCGAGAGGAUGCCGCUACUGCGGCAGCCGUCAAUAACGGGCGGUGGCUAUACGCCCGCCGUGCCAUCGCCUCUCAACCCGGCAAUUUGCGAUUCCAUACAGCCAAAGCAGCAGUCUCACCGCCGACGCAGGAUAAGAAUCGCUGGCAAGACUGGGUUCAAGCAAAGCCCUACUGAGAUGCUAUUGCGGUACAAAGCCGCCGUAGCCUUCCAAGAUCACUCCGCCGCCAUCGAGAGGACGAGGGAGCUCGAAGUGCGACAAGAUCUGGACAGCGAAUGCUCUGACGCUGGUGACCUUGGUGUACGAGGCUCCAGCGAUCUCUACAGCAGCAAGAGCGACAAACCAGAAGCAGCAAGACUACCCACCAACGGGGGACGUCAAGAUAGAUCGCGAAGUGGCCAAUGCUCAGCAAGAUAUGCCCCGGUUCCGAGGGAUUCCGACGUCGCAGACCUCGUCCUGAGGGUGGUUACAUCAGGGCCCAAGUGUCGGGACCCAGGCUCGAAUCUACAGAAAGGCGAUGACAAAACCACCUGCACCACCACGAGCAGCAGCAACAAAACUCCUGCCUUAAAACCGACAGGAGCCGCUCUAGACGAUGGCAAGGGGCAGACAGACGUUGUCAGCGAGUUCCUAGUUGACUUGUCUGGGGUUACCAUCGACACCCUGACGACGGCGGUGUUUAUGGAGCAGCGCCGGACGUUCCUCGCCUGGGUGACACCAGGCCGUAUGUUUUCGCUCCUUGCCCUUAUAUCAAUUCUUUUUGUCCUGGUCUUCAUCCGCCUACAGGCGCUGAGCGCAAGGUACCUCACGCCAUGAGACGGGGUUAAGCGCGACCACGAAAGCGACCAACAGCACCGAAGCGGCAUUUGCGAACGAUAAUGUGGGAGUCGAACUAGGGGGAAGGAGUCAAAGCGUGCGUGUAUCACCAUCUUGAAAGGGUCCAAUUUGAUGGGCAUGGGCGUUCAAGGGCAUCUGAACAUGGCAGUUCAGGGAGUUCGGUGUUUUUUUUAAUUAUCAAUGUCAAUAAAUCCUAGGUGGAUUCUGUUGGAGGCAGUCUACACCCUCCCAAACACAGGGUGGUGGAUAGGAUGAGAAGAGCUUUCCGAGGGGGGUUGCGGAACACCUUCAGGGUUCCUCCUUCACAGGCUAUUAGUUUUCCAGUUCAUACUAAAACACCUCAUUAAACAAGAGUGCUCGUACAUCGUCAUGUAGUAUCAUCAACAAAGUGGAAACCCGAGUUUUUAUCACCCC